UCUCUCUGGCACUCUCUGCUUCUUAAUUGGCCAACAACGACUGAAAGAACAGCUGAUCUAUGUGUGGAGGCUGAUUUAUCAUCCACCCAGCCAGCACAGGAGAGGCAGAGGAUGGGCUUGCAGAGAGAGUGAGUGAGAGAGAAAGGCUGACUGGUGCAGAAGAAUCUGCUGCUGAAUCUCAUCACCUGUAUCCUGCUCUGUAUCUCUCCCUGGCAAAGAUGAACCACAGCCCGGGUGAAAAAGAGCCUGAGACCACAGAGCCACUGCGUUACCUCAGUAAAACAGAGAUGGCUGCCAUUGAAACAGAGCUCCUCACAGACUAUCGUUUUGGACAGCAACAGCUGAUUGAAAUUUGGGGUCAUGCCUGUGCUGUUGCCAUCACCAAGGCCUAUCCUCUGAGCUCUCUGACCAAGAAACAACCUACAGUCUUGGUAAUUUGUGGGGCAGAGCAAAACGGUGCCAUUGGCUUGGUGUGCGCUCGACACCUGCGCAUAUUUGAAUAUGAGCCCACAAUAUUUUAUCCCAAACGAUCUCCUGAUAACUUGCAUCAGGACUUUACCAUUCAGUGUGAGAAGAUGGAUAUUCCUUUCCUUUCUUAUCUUCCAACCGAGGUCCAGCUCAUAAACGAUGCCUAUAAUCUGGUGAUUGACGCUAUCGUGGGGCCAGAAAUAGACCUUAAAGACGUAAGAGAGCCCUAUUCUGGAAUAUUGGUUACCCUUAAACAGGUGAAGAUCCCCAUCGCAAGUGUGGAUGUGCCCUCAGGCUGGGAUGUAGAUGAAGCGAGUAAAGACGGGAUCAAUCCAGAGGUUCUCAUCUCUCUGACGGUCCCCAAAAAGUGUGCCACAAGUUUCUCGGGGAAGCACUUUCUAGCAGGACGUUUUCUUCCAUAUGACAUGCAGAAAAAAUAUGAACUCAAUCUGCCUGAAUUUCCAGGCACCGACUGUUUUAUAGAACUGUAACACUGGCAAAACAAAAAACAUAUUUUGGAUAUGUAUGAAUUAUAUAUACACAUUCACAUUUUGUACUUUAUGGGUUGUUACUGUGGUAAAAUGUCUAGAAGUUUGUACACAGAGACUGUCGUGGUGGCCGGUAUGAUGUAUGUGGGUAUGUGCUUAAGUGAAAGUGUGUAGCUUAUUUUAUUUUUUUUGUUUGCUUUAAAAUAAAAAUUAUAUUCUGUAUUUUUUUUUUUUUGCUCAUAUAUUUAUGCAAUUUCACAUGCUAGAAAUUAUUCUGACUGUUAUGACAAUUGGUCAAAGCUUUUCCCUUCAUAAAAUUUUAUGGUUAAAAAACCCCUUCAAUAUUCUUUAGUAUUAGAGUUAGUAUUAGACAGUAAAACUGGCAAAUGCUUUGAAUUAUGUUAUGUACUACAUACAAUUUGUGUAUUUCUGAAGCCAUUUUUUAUGUUUAUUUAUGUUAUAUAUUUACAAUUUUGUUAAUUUUUUUUUUUUUUUAGAAACUUUUUAAAUAGCACAUAGUUGCCCAGAACACAGUGAAUAGACAGUGAAUAGAUUGGUAUAUAGUUUCUUAGUUUGAAUAGGUUGUGUUUAACACCAGUUUAGAUCUUGAAUUCAAAUAAAUUCUCUUUGAACCUGUCAA